UCGAGAUGGGGAACGCACCUGGUAUAAAAAAGACAUAAACUCGAACAACCACUGCAUCACUUAACCGACAUUUUUCCAAAACAUCGCACGAAACCUUGCAAGGACCCUUGCAGCGCCCUCACAGGGAGUCAUCCUCACUUAUUCCAAACCACCUACACUGUUCAUCAUGAGAGACAGCUUCCCUGAAAACGUCGACUUCUACAUCGGCCUCCGCGAUACUGACCUCGUUCUUGACGCGUCAAACAGUAGCACCGAACCAGGUUCUGAAAUUAUUCUUUGGAACAAAAGAGAGGAGGACAAUGAGAACCAGAAGUGGAUCUAUGACGACAAGCAGAUUCGCAACAAGAAGACCGGUCUCGUCCUGACAGCUCCCCAACUCUCUCGCAACGUUGCUGUUGACCAGCAGCAUCCCACCGGCGCCGAGACCCAGAGAUUCGAGUACUACGAUUACACCAUCUCAGCAGAGGCCAAUGAGGACCUUGUCCUUGGCAUCCUUGGAGCAAAAUCUGAGGGUGCUCGCGUCGCCUUGGUGCCUCGUGACAACGACUCCGACUUGCAGCAAUGGACGAUCAUCGCCUAAAUGCGCGAUUACCCGUCGUACAGCGCAGGCUCUCAAAGUCAAGUGCCCGGAAUAAAAAAAUAUCAUCUUUUGUCAGUAAAAAAAAAAAAAAAUCGUACUUUGCUCCAACGGAGUGGAAACAAAAAUGUUGAAAUACUGAUCCAAAAUCAAACUGCGCAAUGAAUGCACAAUCAAAAAUGUCGUGGAU